AUGCCAACUGAAGGGUCAGCUUUGGUGGCUCAUAACUUUGAGCAAGAAUCUCAGGAAAAUGAACUAUCGAGCGGCUGUUAUGGCCUUGGUUCGGUGUCUUCAAGCUUCUCUGAAGAGUCUUCCGUGUGCGGCCCCGUCCCAAGCUCAUCUGUUACGACUAUUUCAGAGCCUGUUGCAAAGGACUGCCUCACAAUCUGGCCAAGUAAAGAAACGCAGAGCCAAUGGCCAGCACGCCGCACCAGAGUUGUGAACUCCCCGUACGAGUACAUAGCGACGAUGCCAUCAAAGGGAGUCCGAGAAAAGCUGAUUGACGCGCUGAACAUCUGGUUCGACUGCCCAGAAGAGACAGUAUCAACCAUCAAGAGUGUCAUAAGUAUGCUUCACAACUCAUCGCUGAUACUCGACGACUUCCAAGACAAUUCGCCUUUGCGCCGAAGCAAGCCGUCCACGCACACAGUCUUUGGACCUGCUCAGUCCAUCAACUCAGCUGCGUACAUUAUUAUCAGAGCAAUGUCGAAGAUACAAAGCUUUUCGGAACCUUCUUGCGUCAUAAAAGCUACAAAUAUGAUUUUGACUUUAUUUGAGGGCCAGGCUGUGGACCUGAGUUGGACAUUCAACGAAACAUGCCCUUCGAUGCAAGACUACAUUUUGAUGGUCGAUGAUAAAACAGGAACGUUGUUCAAAUUGGCAGGCUACCUCCUUGCAACACAUGCGAGGGUAGACUGGAGUGAAGGCACUAUCACGGCCAUUGAUGCACUGUUGUCGCUUUUCGGGCAGUAUUUUCAAAUUCGAGAUGAUUACCAAAAUCUCGUCAGCACUGAGUAUACUUCACAAAAAGGAUUUUGCGAAGAUCUGGACGAAGGCAAAUACUCAAUCACUUUGAUCCACGCCCUUCAGAAUGACUCUGGAGGACUCUUACUGAGAAACAUGAUAUCUACGAGACGUGUUCAAGGAAAACUGACUAUUCAACAAAAAGCAUUGAUGCUAGACCGAAUCAGGUCAUGUGGUAGCCUAGAGUGGACAGUCUCACUUUUGAGUGAUAUACAUCAGCGUGCAAUAGCGGAUAUAGGGUUAUUAGAGAAGGAUAUUGGCAGAGUAAACUACGAGUUGAGAUCGCUGGUGGAGAUGCUCCAACGCUAG